AUUUCGUUCAAAUGGCUGUAUUUUGGAUACUGCCAUUUUUUGGGGGUUACACAUACGACGUUUUUGGUUUAACAUUUCUGAAAUAGAAUAAAAGUAAUGACGAGCCUCCUCAGAUGAUAAUAUGGUGGUCCUACCCCAAGCAUCUGAUCCUCUCCUUCGAGCUAUCCAUCUACCCUGCAUGUAAAGACGACCGAGCUAUUCUUUUACGGUUAUGCCUCCGCUGAUCUAAAUUUAUACAACAGGAAAGUAUAUUAGCCUUGGCACUUGUCCCUACCGCAGUGAUGGGAUGAAGCUACCAGUUAUUAAAAGUAGAAAUACAUUACAGUGCUACAAAGAGUGUUCCUUGAUAAUUUUUAUUCAGAAUUUAUCGCUUACCUUCAUAUCGCAAUGUCGUUGAGACUGUUGACAUCAUUGAACUGUGGAUAUUACUGAAUACUGAACUGUAUAAAUAUUCGUCAUUGUAUCUGAAAUGGGUAGAAAGAAAUGCCAUCGGUCUCUUCGAAGUAAUCUUUCAUCAGCAAAGACAAUUCAGCAAAUUAAUCGCAGGGAGGUUAAUCAGCAUUGUGAAAGGUUACUCAGAUUAUGCAGCGAUCCUACGUACACCACGAGACUAUGGGAAAGUUAUCUGGAGAUUUUCUCGAUUUUGGAGAAGAUUAAGCGCCUCGAAGAGAUGAAGACAACGUCAACAACACCACGUGCAUCAGCGAUACAGCAGUUUGUCGAGUGGUUGCAAAGUCAUGGAGCGAAAAUUGAAGGUGUCAGCAUCACUGAAUUUGCAGGCUUCGACCUUGGGAUAAGAGCUGACAAAGAUUAUCAUGCGAAUGAACUGGUAUUGGAGAUUCCCAGAGAAGUCAUUUUUAGUGUUGAGACUGCUGCUCCAGAACUAUCUUCCAUCAUGAGUGAUCCAAUAAUUCAAAACAUGCCACAAGUAGCCCUGGCUAUUGCUCUCCUGGUAGAAAAGCACAAGGAUAGUUCGAAGUGGAAACCUUACUUGCACAUGCUACCCACAAGUUAUCGUACUGUACUUUAUAUGAGUACCAACGACAUGGCUGAGCUGAAAGGAAGUCCUACACUGGAAGCAGCUCUAAAACAGUGUAGAAAUAUUGCUCGUCAAUAUUCGUACUUCAACCAAAUGUUCCAAAGUAGCGGUAACAGUAAUGAGGUCUCUCAAAUAUUGAAGGACGUAUUCACCUAUGAAGAAUAUUGCUGGGCAGUUUCUACGGUCAUGACACGUCAAAAUAUCAUUCCCAGUAGAAACAGUGGAGAAAUGAUCCAUGCGCUUAUUCCUAUGUGGGACAUGUGUAAUCAUGAAGCAGGAGUGAUCACGACGGAUUUCAAUAUCAACUCGGAUAUGUGUGAGUGCUAUGUGAAACGGGAAUUCAAGCAUGGAGAGCAGAUAUUCAUAAAUUACGGACCUCGCACGAAUUCGGAUUUUUUUGUCCACUCUGGAUUCGUAUACCCAAAUAACACAAACGAUGGAUUCAAAUUACGACUGGGUAUCAGCAAAUCUGAUCCAUUAUUUGACGACAGGAUGAAACUAUUGAAAAAGUUGGAGUUUUCAACUACAAAUAUAUCGUUUAUCCUGAGUAACAGCGGUGAGCCAGUUUCGGAUGAAUUACUGGCAUUCUUAAGGGUCUUCAGUAUGAGGAAAUUUGAACUGGAGCAUUGGUUAGACUCUCCUAAGGUUCUCGAUCUGAAGCAUCGAGAUUGCGCACUUGAUACUGUUGUUGAGACCAAUGUCCGGAAAUUUCUCCUGACACGGCUUAAAUUACUUAUGGCUAAUUAUCCGACUACUGUAGAGGAGGACUUGAAGAUCAUCAGCACAACAAUGUCACCAAUGAGAAAAAUGGCAGUGGAGCUGCGUCUCUCAGAAAAAAAAAUUUUAAUUCAAGCGAUCGAGUACGUGGAGCAGUGGAUGAAGGCGUAAGAAACGUCAACAGUUAUAUGUUCUGAUUGAUCCUAGACCGGAAAGUGAUUCAUUAUGGGAUUUUAGGAUGGCUGUAAGAUCAAGAUUAUAUUGUGGAGAAUGAAUUUUAUUUUUACAAAUAUUCGGUAGAUCCUUGUAAAUUAAAUCAGAUGAUAAUAAAUCAGAAGAUAAAAUGUC